AUCAAAUCAACUAUCAAUAUGGGAAAAUACGCCUUUACUCUGUUCGUCGUCGCCACCACCCUUAUGGCCGUACCUUUGACGCUGGCCCAACCAUCUCCCCCAAAUCUGUGGUCAGAAUGCAGCCCAGUACCGAUGGAGUGUGAAGGAGAAAAAAUCGCUUGUUAUGCACCUAGUGAGGAAAUUGCCAUACGCAGAUGUCCUCCUAUGUGUGGCCGUUUUGGGGCCGCCUGUCCCGAAGGAAUCAAAACUUGCUGCUGGGAUUAAGCACCGAGACUUGCAGCCAGCCGGCGGUCGACUUUAUCGGCUUUAUCAUGCAAUGCUUGCUUUUUAUUUUUUUGCUCCAUUGUCUAUUGCCGAAAUAAAAGUC